AGUCUUUAGUACGCGUUGGAACUAACACACGCUUCAGCAAAUACCACAAUGGAUUACAAGAUUUUAUUAGCACUUUGUGCGAUACUGACUAUUGUAAAUUGCAAAAGUGUGAUAGUUGGACAAAUAUAUGAUCAUAGCGGGAUUGUUAGAAAGGUGUACGAUCAAAUCAUAGAAUUGUCCGGCAUUCCAUUCAUAAAGAGAGAGCAAGAAAUAAACUUUGAGUAUCCAGUAGGAGAUCAAAGGAUAAAAGGUAUUGCGAUAAAAGAUUUGGAAAAUGGUCUCGCCGAACCUUCUAUAACAAGAGGUGGUCUGGGAUUCAAUUUUGUCAACAUCAAAUUGAAAAGCGAACGAGGCUCUGGAUACAAGUUUUUAAUAGAAAUUUAUGCGUAAAGACUUAGAGUAUAUAAUUACAGUAGUACUGUAAUUGCUUUAAGUGUAAAAAUGUGACUAGUGUGUUGUAUUAUUGUACUUGAGAUAAGGAAGGUAUGUGUGUUGGACCUUGUUUUUUAUACUUUCGUGGCUCAAGCGAUAUGUAAUUUUAAUGCAAAAAGUAAAAAAUUUUCAAUGUGAAUAUUUCAAAAGUAUACUCAGUGAUAAAUAUAGCAAAAUUAGUUUUUUAGUUAUAUUUUAAGGCUGUUUAAUAUAUUAUAUUAUGUUCUUUGGUAAUGUAUAAUUCGACAAUUUAUUCAAUAAUAUUUGCGUUUGAAAUAUAGAUAAAACUUGAAUAUUAAAUCUUUAUAACCGAUGUAGGAUUUACAUUGUAUACAUUUUUAUUGAAAAAUUAAACCGACAUUAAAUAAAUAAUUGAUUAAUUUUCAAACAAAUCAUGUUAGUAAUUUAUUACAGUAACGAAUGUUUUGUACGACUUUUUUAUAAUAAUUAUAAUUAAUUUGUAUUUCAUAUAAAUAUACAAUUUGAUAAAAUACUCAAUAAAUACAACUUUUUAUCGGC